AUGGUAGUUGUUUACACAAGUUGGGCGACCUCCUUCAUGAAUCAAGAAUUUGGAAAGACUUCAAAAACAUCUCUUGAUGGAAAGGCACAAGUGAAGGAGAGGUCCAAAUCCAUGGUGCCAGGGAGAAGCAUUUUAAAACAAAAGUUUUUGUUCAAUGAUGGUGGAAGCGAGAACUUGACGCUUUCAAACAUUCCUAUCUUCAGCAGCUCUCAAGAGCACGAGGACGCAGAUGGCCGCAAUAACACGACAUCACGUUUGAAUACCUCAAAAUUGCAAUCGAAGUUAGAUCGAAGAGUGUCGUUUGCGCCGGACGUAACACUACACAGAGUCGAUUUUGUCCCCCAGGACCGCUCUACUUUCAGAGAGCCAAGGCGGAAGCCUGCCGCUGAAGCCUUCACCGAUGAUUUCUCAAAAGAGCAUGUACAAAACUCUCAAGAGCGCACAUACAAUGAGGAAUCAAUGCAGCUGACGAAUAAUUAUGGAGGGCCCCUGGUUGAUAAUUCAAUGAUCCUGAACUCCGAACAGGGGAACCAAUCAACUCCGUAUACCCCUGCUUACGACAAAGAGGUCUCAAUGGAAAUCACACAGUUGUUCUCAAAGCACAGCGCAGGACCUGAAAACAACUCUGAAGAAAUCAUAGGCAGUCGUCAGUCUUCAGCUCAUCAGGAGGAAGAAGAUAUGGAGGUCACGCAACUUCACAAGGAAGGCAUCCAGCAUGAAGAAGAGGGUGAGUCGAUGGUUAUGACAGAAGUUUUCCAACCACCACAAAAGGAAUCCUAUAUAUCUCAGCCGGAUAGGUCCCGAAAUAGCCCUAAGAACAAUGGAGAGGAAACAUCCGACAUGGAAACAACGGAGAUUGUCAGAGCAAACCAAGCGGGUAUGUCAAAACCAAAUGAUGCAUCACUUACGGAUGAAGUGUCGCACGCAACCUCGCUUACAGUUCCCAUGCAGGCAGAGCGAGAUGUUUUCGACAUAAGGUCGUCUCAGUUUGUUACUUCAACACAAAAAGACAGAGAGGAACAAAACUUUGGGGCACAAAAGGAUAGAAAUAUAGAAACGAGUGGCCGUGUUUUCGAUGAGAAUAUAUCCCGAAAGAAGAGGCGAGUUAGCAGUGCUCAUGGUUUUGAUGAGGAUGGAGCUAGUGCUGCAAAAAUUCCUCAUGGAGCAGAAACGGAUGAAGAUAUGGAAAUCACAAUGAUGGAGCGGCUUUCACCUAUAGCGAUUUCGAUCAAUAUGAGUAACAGUCCAAAAACUUCCAUUCCAAAGGAAAACAUCAAUGCAUCUUCUGCCUAUGACAGAAAUUUCCCUGAUGUUACUGUAGAUAAAACAAGAGAACAAGCGAGCUUAAAAGCUUUUCUUCAUUCAGUCGGUAUUAGUUCACUGCUUAGCGACACAGAGUUGGAGUUGUUGCCCAUAAAUCGAAUGUCUUUUGUAUCAUCUCAAAAAGGAAGAAAGUGGCCCGUAGUGGAAGUGUACUAUGGAUUAUAUGCCAACAUGCCAAUUUUGGAAAUUUAUGCAUUUUGCUGUAAAGAGUUGCUGCGCAGAAUAUUAAAAUCGCGGGAAUUAUUCAAAGAAUUAGAAGAAGAAAUAGCACGGAAUCCUGCACCAGCACUUUUCAAGAGGUAUUUUGAAUCUGGCACCUUAGAAAGAGAGAAACUGAGUGAUCAAAUUACUCUGCUACGACGUUUCUCUCGAUUGGAGGCCGAAAAAGUCUGGUUGGAAUGGCGGUCGAGACAUUUAAACGGCAUCAAAAAUGUUUUGCAGGAAAAUCUGCUGUUGCUAAAAGACGAAUAUAACUCGAUCAUGGACCAUGUGGAUAAGGUCAAUCGCGCGAAGAGAAACAUACUCAACACAAGGCAGAAUAUACUGACGGAAAUUCGUCUGGCGCAAAGCCUAACCCAAUCAAAGAGUCCAAGUCCGGGGAUCCCCGACCGCCUUAAGCUUGAAGCUUUGAAGGCAGAAUUAGUCCAAGAAAUGCAAGCAUUGAAGAGCUCUUCAGAAUUUGAAAAGAGAAUGAAGGCUGUACGUUCUGAUAUUAAGAACGUUAAGCUUGAAAUAGAGCGCACACGCAGUGCUAUAAAUUCGCUAAGGUCCGAAGUUAAGGGAAGCCCAGCCUUUGCAGCUCACCAAGCCGAGAACCUUCGCGCCACAUUUGACAUAGUACAGAAAAUUUGCGGGAUAUCCUUCAAAAGCUACCGCAAAUCUUUAUUGACCGUCCAGUUGAAUGACCCUCCAAUAACGGCAACUUUUGACAUCAAACGCGCCCAGCAAGUGGGUGAUGUUGACUUAGCUUUUCCGAACUCGCUAAAAGGAAUAGCUAAAGAAAUAUAUGCUCGUUCAGUGCGCACUGCGAGUAGUUGCGAGUCAAAUGUCUACCAGUUUAUUAGGGCACUCUCACAUGAUUCAUUCAAUGCUCAUCUCCUUCUCACCGAAUAUAAGCGUUUGAAAUUACUUCUUCCGUGUAAAGUAGUCGAGGUUAGCGGUUCGAUUGACAUCGAAAUUACUUGUUUUGACUCAAAAAAGAAGAAAUUUCUGCUGCUUGAAUUAUCUCUCAAUGAGUUCGUUUCAGCAGUCAAGGGUUUAGCCAGCUCUGGCCCAAAACUACGUGUCAGAGGCCUUUGCUCCGAAAGGCUUCAGCCGGAGGAUGCUUUGAAGUUUCUUCAAACAAAAGCCUCAGGUGUAUUGCCGUGGCUGAAAGAGCCUACUCUUAUUUAA